AUGGAGGAAAGCCUGCUCGAAGCAUCUACCAGCUAUGACGCAUCCGAUACUGCUCCCAACAGACUCCGAGAACGUUUCCCCAUUCCCGUGCGGCGCCGGCAGUACAAUAUGACCCACAGCGUCAGAGGCAGCUGCUACAAAAGUGAUCAUACCAUCUAUUCGACCGUGGCUGCGCACGGUCAGGUCGUUCUCAAGACCAACAAACAAGGCGACAAGUACUAUCCCGAUGUCGAAACGAAUCCUGGCCCAGGUAUGUUCGGCAUGAGGGUCGUCGAAGAGGAACCAGGCGGAAACGCAGUCAGAGUCGCCUUCAUUAUGCAGCUGAAGUCUUCGACGCCCGGUUGGAGCAGCUGCUGCACGACUUACUAUACUUGGAUUGGCUGGUUCAGCUGGCGCAUAAUGGCCGUCAGCUUCAACGAGAUUGCGAUGUACCAGUAUUGCUUCCCGCAUCAUCUCGCCGAUGCCAAUAGGGAUAAAUGCGACGCUGUCGUGAUCGUGACUCUCGGCAAUCCCCCAGGUGUCACGAAGUGCAAUAUUGCGCUAUCUGAAGAGACUUGCGAUCAGUGCGAUGAGAAUACAGCAUGGUGA